ACUAAUACCGUAAAAGGUUGUCUAUGAAUAGUAUUAAGCAUUAAGGUCAGGUGUAAAACCGGUAUGAGUUGAUUGUAUUUGAUUAACACCUUAUAAACAUAUUUUCACAUGCUACAAAAGCAUGAAUUUGGAAAUUGAAUGGAGCUUAUAUUAUGGAAAACAAAAAGCUUUCCGAUGACUCUUUCUAUGUUAGUACUAGCGACGUUGUUAUUGAAAAUGACACAAGUGGAAUAGGUAGGUCUAGAAGUAGAACUGUCAGUAGUCGACAUUCGAGUUCAAGCAGCAGAGAAACUAAAGUAACUUUAAUUGAAAUACCAGAUUCUACUGAAGACACACAUUUUAGUACGAAACAUGGUGGAGAAAAGUGCAAAUCUACACAUCAUGUAGUGGAUGACACUUUGCAGAUUGAAACAUUGGAUGAAGAUGUUUUCACACACUUGAGGAAUGAUGAUGUCGACGAAGGUGAUUCCACGACUGCCCUUAUUAUUAAUGGAGAAGAUGGAAGUAAUCAGAAUUGUUCAUUGAUUCUAAAGGUGACUUGGAAUGGAAAUUACCUGCGUAGUUUAAAAGGCAUAUUAAAAGUGUCUUUGCUGAUAUGCAGUAUCAUCAGUCUCAGUUGUUUAACUGGUUCAGGGGCCAAAAACUACAGUAUCCUUCAGCUGCCAUUGGCUGAGCGUUUACGUCUUCACAUCUUCACCUGUGUAUUUUCCAUUCUUGUUUGUGUUGGGUACAUUUUCAUUGAGUGUUCUUCGAUAAUAACAGCAUUCCCAAUAAACUGGCCUUUUAUUGAUGGCUCUUUGACUAUGGUUUUUGGGAUUCUCUAUCUGACUUCAUCAUCUUUAUUACUCCAAACUGAAGAGCUUUAUAAAAUCCAUUACACUUAUGUAACAGAUGAAUCAAGAGUUCUUCUUAAUCUUGCUUCAGUAUUUGGUUUCUUGAGUUCACUGGCAUCUAUGUUGUUAGCUGUUGUGCAGUUUUGUGGACAGGGGGAAGAAAGCCCAGUUGUACCACAAUUUUCUCAGCAUGGUGAGGAAUUUGGAUUAUCUCAACUCACUCCAACCCAAUGAUCUAUCUUUAAAGGACAAAAAUAACAAUUGAUGGUCUUUUUGUCUUGCAGUGAUGAUGGUGAAGAGGAUACUUUUCUGAGUUUAAAGUUUCUGUCAUAUGACUUGUAGUCCAAUAAAAGUGAUGUUGAGUGGACCUCAGUAUCAUCUACGUGGUUUUUAUUGGAGGUCCUUUACAUGUAAUUGUACAUUUGUCUAUACUAAAUGUAUACAAAUCACAUUUAUACCUGAUAAGCUUGUAUACCUUUUUAUUUAAGUUAUGUUUAGAAUGUCACAUCUUAGAUAAAGUUUUUGUGUAAUUUGUUUUCUUUAAGUAAAAUUUGUUAACUUGCAUGAAAUCUGAGAAUGAAUGGGAUUGAGAGUUUAUCCUUACUAACCAUAGAGUAAUGUACCUGGAUAGCAUAGUUCUGAAUCCCAUUCACUCUCAUUUAUUGUACUUCAUGUGCAUUUCCUUACAAAAGUCAUGUAUAUUGUAGAGAAUUGUUGAUGGUGACACGCCAACCAGUGUAGCAUUUGUUAUAUGUUAAAUAAGAAUUAUAUUAGAACUUGUAUCCUUGUUUAAGAUGCAGCAUAUGUUAGAGAAGACUUUAUCUGUGCAAUUUGUUUUUGAUAGGUAAAUAUGUAUUAAUUGUGAAGUAUAGUGAUUUUCUAAGAGCUUCUUUGUUUUUUUUCCAGAAAAUUGUAGUUUUACACAUGUAUAUGUAUAAAUUAUUCAUUAUACUUGUAAGUCUUUAAAUAAUAGUCAAUCCCAGAAACUGCUUGUUUUGGUAAACCUUGAUUUUGAAAGCUUUAUUGUUUAUUUUAUUUCUAUCAUGAUUGUUUAAUUUGAUGUAGUAUAAUUGUAUAUAUUGCUUCAUUUCCUCUUUAAGAUAAUUGCAAAAUAGACAUUUACACCUUUAAACAUUCAUGUGUUAUUAGAUGCUAGACUAGAAAAGUUGUGUACAAUUAGGAAUACUCAUACUUUAGUACAAUAAACUUUUUCAAAGUUGUGUAUAACAAGUUAAAACUGGCUUAUUUUAAGUACAUCAAUUGUGUUUGUUUUGAUUGCUUACAGCUACUCUAAGUAUGUUAAUUAAGCAUAUUUUCAUUAAUUAGAAAAUAAUUUAGUAGAAUUAUUUUGUAAAUUUUCUGUACAGUUACAUCACACUUGAACAAACUUUUUUUCCACACUGAGCUUGAAUGUUAGUAAUUUAAAUAUCAUAUGACUAGAUGGAAUUUAUAAAAUCAAAUCUUUUUUUCUGAUGAAACAGGAAGGCAAAUAUUUUUUCAGAUUUUUUAUUUUAUAAGCUUAAAUGAAACAUGCAAGAGAAAUAAUACACAGUAAAUGCAGUUUUAAUAUUAAGUCUUUUGAAUGGCCAAUUUACUUUCAGACUUAUGCAUGUACCUACCCCCCAUCAUGGGGUCACUGUGACCCCAUACUGCCUGGUGUUAAUUAUUGAAAACUUAACACUGGCAUUCUAGGAUGAAGUCUUCACCCAAAUUUUAUACUAUUGUUACGAUUAGUAAAUUUUUAAAAACCUCUGUGUUCACUUCUAACUAAAACUUUGAUAUUGUAUGAUAAUCAUGAAUCAAGUUUCUGCAAAAUUAUAGAACUAGAAUACAAUUUCAGCUCUUCCCCCUCCCCACUUAUAAAGGUAAGAAUUUGUUGAACUAUGAGUUUUAAAUGUGAAGUUCAGUAAAGUAAGAUACAUUCUUUUUAGAAAGAUUCAGAAAAUAAUACUAUGCUAAGUUGUAAUUUAGAACUGGAUAAAUUCCUGUCUGUUUAAUGAUGUAGACACAACAGUUUAAAACUGAAUUAAUUAUGACCAACUUGUUACACUCAUGACUUGUUGAUGAGACUAUAUUUGCAGACAUUUAAGUGAGUAAGUUAAUUUCUUUACUUAUAGCAUUAUGUGACACACAGCUAGUAUUCAAAGUUGAAGGACACAGUUUAACCUUAGUGUAUUAUAAGGUGUAUAAAAUAUUAUGAUUUUUUUUCCCAAACCUUUUAAUUCAUUAGCAUAAAAUUAUAAGUGUGGACAUAUAGUGUUAAGAUAUAAAAACAGAACAACAUAUCAUGCUUGGUGCCUUCUGAUAUGCUAAAAUUAUAUGAAGAGAAACUAGUACAUGUUGACAUAAAUUUAUUGUGUUGUUCUUAACUUUAUAUUAAUUGAAACAUUCUACUAAAGAGUGUGUUCCAAGUUGGAGCAUUUACAUUGUGGGGAACUAGCACAAACAUAACUUUUUGCUGGCCCACAGAAGGCAUUUUGAAUGUGACUCGAUAGGAGUGACAUCACUACAGCAUGCUGUAGUUUUUAUAUGAACUCACUGUACUUUAAAAUUACUUGUACUGUAUUUCGAUAAGAAAUUUAUAAAAACCCUUACUUUAGUCCCGUGCAUAGCUCUCUUGUUUAGCUCUGCCAAGGGACUAAUGCUCCAUUGUAGCUGUACCACAAGACCAGUACACUGCAAGUUUACACAUCUAUUUGUUUUGAUUAGAUAAAUUAUAUGUAUAUUUUAACAAGAAAAAAGUGUCAAGCCAUGGCCACAUCAGCUGUACCACUUCCUGUGCUCAUAUUUUGUAUGACUUAAUAACACUUUACUCAUAGCAAAAGUUAAUUUAAAUAAUCUUGAUAUAUUUCACAAAAUUUAAAGUAUUGGCCCACAACCCUCCUUAGUGACAAGCAAACGCAACUGGAAUCACAUUUUUUCUAGCACUUUUCAAAUAAGAGUGUAAGUAUUUUGAGUAUAAAUAUGCUUGAUCUAUUUCAUAGGUAAUGAAUAGGAAAUUUCACUUUACAGUAUGUCCUUAGAACUUUAAAACUCUUAAAAGAGCAAAAAAAUCUAUAAUUAAUAAUAUAAUAGGGAACAGUAUAAAAAAAAUUGAAGUUACAGAAGGAAAGGAUUAAAAUUUUUACAGGUAAUUUUUUGUAUGUUAUAUAUUGAUUUGAAUAUUUAUAUUUUACUUAUUAAAUAUGUACAAGUGAAAGCUGUAAUGAAUUAAGUGCAAAGUUAUGAAUAAGGAAAAACUUUAAAGUUGAAAUUACAGUGAAAUGUAUAUAUGUAUUCAAGUUUUUCAGAGUAAGUUUGUUUGUUAUUUUCUGA